ACAGUGCGACCAUUUUACUCGCAUAUGCGACUAAAAAUAGAUUGGUGCGAGUAGGAAAAACAGAAUGGGAGCACACGUGCGAGAACCGAUUUCAGCCAUUUCAUUCGCAUUUUGCCCCUAAAAUAAUAACAAACAAAGUGUGGUCUUAUUUCUAGUUUUCAUACCCUACCAAUCAGAACUGUUGGAACACGUCUUGACGUGCGAUGACGCCUCGCAUUUCUGUUGAGCGGCGGGAAAGCAAAGACUCUCAACGUUCUAACCUUUUCAUCGUCUCAGGGGAAAGUGCUACAUUUGUUCACUCAGCGUCAGUAUCGUAAAUCUAAAAAUGUUACAAAAUCAAAUAUCGUCGUAUUUUCAAAGAACUCGUGUGAGAUCCGAGGAGGGAGAGGAGGAUAUCGUGAGAGAAGAAAUGGAUACGACAACAGUGAGGGAUAGUAGUGCUACUACCGGCAGUGGUGUAAACAGUAAGGUUUACAAGUUUCAGGCUGACUGGAUCAAGCUUUUUCCAUGGCUAGUUUUUGAAAACGAGCUAAUGUACUGCAAAUACUGUAAAGGGCAGAAGCAAGCAGGGAAUUCGGCAUUUGUGACUGGAAACCAGCACUUUAAAAAAGACAGUCUCACGAAACACAACAUAUCUAAACGGCACAUCGCCUGCAGAGACGGUUAUUUAAUUCGACAGAACAAAGGCUCGACGGUGGACGCAGCCCUGGUUAGACAGGUGAAGAUUUCGGAGAUGGAGGCAAUGAGACAGCUCAAGAUCAAAAUGAACAUUGCCUACUUCAUCGCCAAGGAGGAAGAGCCGUUUGUGAGAUUUGGGCCACUUAUCACCCUGCACAAGAAGAAUGGCAUUGAUGUGAACCCAACUUACGACAACCACGUGAGAUGUGCGGAAAUGAUUGGACAAAUUGCUGAUCUCUUGAAAGAGAGCCUAACUGCUCAACUGAGAACAGCAAAGUACCUUGCAGUCCUCAUCGAUGGAGACACUGACAUAUCAAACACUGAGUGCGAGAUUGUCUAUGUGCGUCUGGUGGAGGGUGGGAAACCAGUCACUCUACUGGUUGGCCAACAGGCUCUUGAACACUCCCAUGCCAUUGGUAAGUGGUCAAUCCAGCAGCUAGAAAGAAACCUUCAUUUUUGUACAGUUUCAUAAAUGCAUAA